CAAAAUUACAUCAUAUUCUGGUUGAGAUUGCCCCGAUCUUACUGGAAAAAUGCGCCUAUUAGUAAGUGCCAUCUGCUUGAUAGCGGUCAUCAACGCCGAUUUCAUCAGAGUUCCUCUGACAAAAAUCAACCCAGCAAGAUCGAUCCUUAGAGAAACCGGAUAUGAAGCUGUGAAGAAAAAUUUACUCAGAAAAUAUAAUGGCUCCGACAUUUCCGGUCAAGUAGUGCUGACGAAUUAUUUGGACGCUGUAUAUUAUGGACCAAUAACCAUAGGAACACCUGGACAAAACUUCAAUGUUAUUUUUGAUACUGGCUCCUCAAUUUCAUGGGUCCCUUCUGAAAAAUGCGAUAAGGAUCACGCUCCAUGUGCUAUACGCAACAGAUACGAUUCGAAAAAAUCUUCUACCUAUAAACCCAAUGGUCAAAAAAUCGAUCUUGCUUUCCAAAGUUACAGCAAUCUCAGUGGAAUUUUAUCAACUGAUACAGUUGAGGUUGCAGGUGUAGCUGUUAAAGGUCAAAGUUUUGUUGAAGCCAUUCAGCAAACAGGUAUAGAAUUUUUAAUAGGUAACUUCGAUGGUGUUUUGGGAAUGGGACGUGAUACAAUAUCUGCCAACAAAGAACGCCCGUUCGUCUACAACCUUAUGGACCAAAAAUUAUUAUCAAAACCUGUAUUUUCAUUCUAUUUGAGGAAUCGUUUUGAUAAAAUCGGCGGAGAACUUAUACUUGGGGGUUCAGAUCCUCAAUACUACGAAGGAGACUUCACCUAUUUCCCUGUGACCGGUAAAGAGUACUGGCAAAUCAAAAUGGACGGGGUGAACAUUGCUUCUGAAAAGUUAUGCAAUGGCGGUUGUCAAGCCGUGUUCGAUACCGCUUCCAGAUUUAUUGCCGGACCAAGAGCGGAGAUUGAGAAACUCCAGGAGGUGAUUGGGGCAGGUUUAUUCAUUGAUGAAUACCUGCUGGAUUGUGACAAGAUUCCAUCUUUACCUGAUAUUAGUUUCGUCUUGGGAGGAAAAAACUUCACAUUCAGUCCAUCGGAAUAUAUGUUGCAGAGCACUUCAAAAUACAUAGUACAAUGUAGCUCUGGUUUCAUCGCAAUGGACGACGUACCUCCGAAUGGACCUUCGUGGAUUUUGGGAGACGUUUUCUUAAAAAAAUAUUACACAGAAUUCGAUUUUGGAAAUGAAAGAGUAGGUCUAGCAACUGCCGUUUGAAAACCUAUUUGUUGUUUAGAAGAUUCAAUAAAACAGGAUAUAUACUA